UUGACAUAGUUAGUUAUUUUCAUAUCGUAUCGUUGUGUAUCAUUUUUAAUUAAUAUCCUGUAAAAUAAUAUUUGCUUACAUCGGUAUUGGGUCACUUUAUUUUGUUUUUUCGAACGCCCUAUAUCCCGAUCGUAACCCCGAGUAUCCUGAUCUUUGGCCAGAGUUCUGAAAAGUAAAAAUGAAUAUUUGCCGCUUGUGUCUGGCAAAAGACGCCAACUUUGAUGUAUUUGGAAGUGGAACAACUGCCCUAAGGAUCAUUGCAUGCACAUCGCUAGAAAUAGAACCAAACGAUGGGCUUCCACAGCACAUAUGUGCUCCCUGUCGGCUGCGCCUUGAGGAGAUGCACCACUUUCGGAGACGAUGCCAGGCGGCUGAUCGUCGACUGAGACGCCACAAGGUUCUGCAACGCCAGGGAAUCAAAACAACUUUGGAAGAAAUCGGGGAUCAGCAGCCGCCCCUGCGGGAUGUGGCUGGAUGCACGACCACCGCCUGUUCUGAGAGCAACUCUCAGUGGCGCACCCAGGCUGCCCAGCUCAUCCGCACCGAGAUUGAUUCCUUCAAAAAGGACCUCCUUAACUCCUGCAAACAGUCUGUACGCGCCGACAUCGAACAUGAACUCCGGCCGCAGCUGGAGAAGGUGAUCCUGGCUGAAGCCAAGCAGCAGGUGCGAUUAAGCGUCCUAGACGACGUAUUUUACGAACUAGAGAGUUAUUUUGUGCGAAAGCGCAAUGAGACUUGCGAGCAGGUUAGUUGUUCAGAGAGCUAUUCCACGGAUUGCAACGGUCAGUUGGUUUCUGACCAGCCUGAUGAAUUGUACGAAGUAUCGGCAGGGGAAGAACUCGGGGAGUCCCACGAUCUAGGCGUAGUGGACCUGCUGGACGUCGAACCGGAGCCCAGCGAACAGCCAGCUUUCACCGCAGUAGUUCCUGUCCCCAUGGUGGAGAUAAAUAUGAACGAUCCACAGUUGAGCCAUCUCCGCGACAAUUUUAACAAGGACUUCUUUCUUAACACUACCAAAUCUCCUAAAAAGCCAAGUAUCCAAUCGCCGUGCCCCAAGAAAGUCCGUUUUGAAACCCCACAAAAAAAAGCAGAGACAGUCUGCCGAAAUCACGGUUCUUGGUCGGAAAGGUAUUCUCAGUCUCCUAACCAAACAGGCAGGCGUGUACCCAUCGAAACACACAGCAAGAAGACAGAGGGACUCUGUCGGAAACACAGCUCCUUGUCUCGAAGAAGCUCACAGCCAAGCAACUCGGGCAAUUGUGUGCGUUGCCGUCUCAGAGGAGCGGAUAAGCUAAAUAGCUCAGUGUCGUAGUCAGUAACAUAAAUAAAUGUAUUUUCGUAUCUACACAUUUUAGUGAUAAGACUAAAAAUAGCAUGGACCCACGUGUUUUUAUCCUUGCCUUGCAUAUGUAUGUACAUACAUACAUAUUUUGUCUAUUUAUGGCCUACAUAAAAUCUUAAGCGAUAUUGAUGUUAUUAAGUCGUCUACUUGUAUUUGUAAAGACUCGAGUCCAUACAAGACUCGAAUAAUAUAAAGGCGUUUUUUCAGUAAAAAAUCAUUUUUUUUUUAUACAACAA